AUGCCCUCUCACGUAUUAGCGAGCACUCAAUACCCGUUUACUCGACUACAUCGAAUCCCAGUUCAAGUCAUAGUAUUGAGAACGGUACAAGAAUUACGAGUACUAGUAGGCAGCUUUGGGUAUAAGAGGACGGACAAUCAUUGGCAACUGAUUCCCCCUCUCCGGCUCCGACUUGACCAUAGGGCGAGACACAAUCCUAUCGUCGAUCAAGUGUUCAAGUCAGUACGGUCGAAGGUUGGUGGUUCUAAUACAACGCCAAGGGCGACUCACUCGAGGACGGCAAAUCGAAAUCCUAUACAGCCUCGUUGCCCACUUGAGAAGGUCAAUACUCCUCCCCAUCCCCAAACAGGAUUUGAUGAUUCGCCCGCCAUAUUGAACGAAGAGUGGCGACUCGGCAGAGAAGAGAGCCAUCGCUCUGGCCUAUUGAACGGAACUCAUUAG